UAGUGGAAUGACAAGCGCUUCAGUAAAGCAGUCGAUAUUACUUAACCACGUUCAAAACAAAAACAAUGAAGUAGAAAACAUUGACCAACUAUUCUUUCUGCAACUAACGUAAAACAUAAAUUACUUUGUUUUAUAUUUGGUCGAAAUUAUCUCUGAAACACGGUUAUGAGACAUACGCCAUCUGACGCCUUUAAACAACGAAUCAGCAAUGCAGAGUCUUCAGCGAUUACGUUCAUUAUUGUCAGAUGCUUGGCAAAUAUUCACCGUGAAUCUUUCUUUUGAUAACAAAAUGAAUGUUCUUAACACACAAAGUGAAGGGGUGACCUGCCAAGUUCCCGCUACAGAAGUAGCAGCUUCAUUGCAGCGAACUGUAUUGAAGCUUAAAGGAAAGUACUUGUCUGAAGAUGGGAAGUCUGUUUGUUAUGCAGAGCUAAAAAAGGAUGAUUUGUUUCAAGAAUUUCAGUCCCAAGCAGAACAACUUGUGCAUGUAUCAUUAGCAGAUCUGAAUCCCAUUCAAAGAAAAGCCUUCUUCAUAAAUGUGUACAACACCUUAACUAUACAUGCACUUAGUAAGGUUGAGCCCCUCCCAAAAUCCUUACUGGAUAUUAGCAAUUUUUGGAAACAUUCCGCAUACAAUAUUAAUGGGUUUGUGUUCAGUUUGGAUGACAUUGAGCAUGGAGUAUUACGCGCAAACACUAGACACCCUGCUGCUCUUAGUAAACCUUUUAAAGAAGAUGAUCCUCGCCUUCAGUUCAGCAUGAAAGAACUAGACCCAAGGAUACAUUUUGUUCUUAAUUGUGGAGGCAAGUCAUGCCCUGCAAUCGGUGUUUACAGUGAAGCUAAUCUAGAGGCUGCGUUGAAUAGCGCUGCAAAGAAUUUCCUUUCAGAAACAGUGCAAAUAGACGGAAACAUUGUUCAUCUUUCGAAGCUUCUCAUGUGGUAUGGCAUCGAUUUCGGAUCCAAUAACGAUGAAAUCCUGAGGUGGGUAGCUCAAUACUUGCCCGAUAUCCAAAAAACAAGCAUCAUCCAGCUGCUUGAUUCGAAGCGCGUCAAGGUAGUAUUCGAUGAAUAUAACUGGCUUAUCAACGCUAGCUGAAAUCAGAUUAAUUAUUUUGGUUGAUUUAUUAUUUCGAUUGCACUUCAUAUUUUUUUACCGGGCAAUACAAUCUCACACGAUGAACUUA